AUGAUUACAAUUAAGCGAAAAGCAUUGUCACUUGAAGAUAAAGUGAAGAUAUUGAAAAUUGUUGAUGAAAAAUCUCAAAUUAAAAAUCAAACAGAGUUAGCUGCAGAGCUUCACUUACCAGUUUCAACGUUACGUACAAUUUUAAAUAAUAGACAAGAAAUUAACGAAAAAUACAGAUUGGGAGGUGGGAAAAGAAAAAAGCAAAAGGUAGGAAAGUUUGAUCAAUUAGAGAAAGUUUUAGUGGAAUGGCUUCAUCAAUCACGUGCUUUAAAACUGCCCAUAAGUGGCCCCAUAUUAUGCGAAAAAGCGCGUAAAAUUGGUGAAAGUUUGCAAAUUACAGAUUUUACCGCUCCAAAUGGUUGGAUAGAUCGUUUAAAAAACCGUCACGGCAUUGUGUAUCGUCAAAUCAAUGGGGAAUCGGAGAUAGUGGCAGAAGAAGAUGUUGAUACAUGGAUAGCACAACUUCCUGCAUUUAAAAAAAUUAUGAACCGUGAAACAUUUUUAACGCAGACGAAUUCGGUUUAUUUUAUAAAUCAAUGCCAGAUAAAUCGUAUGUCUUCAAGGGAGAAACUUACCAUGGUGGCAAAGCAAGUAAAGAGAGACUCACUGUCCUGGUCUGUGCAAAUUCUGAUGGGUUGGAAAAGUUACGUUUGCUAG